CACAUGCUCAGUUCCGCUCCACUGUUAACAACAACACUUGGUUUGGACCGCUCUGCUCCACAGCAAAAUAAAUUAGAUGAAUUCGACAUUUGAGAGGACAGGGUGAAAACUGGUCUGAGCUGCGUCCCUGAUUCUGAGAUUCCUCUCACCAGCGGUGAAAAUGAGCUGGAAAUCAGCCUAGACAUGGAUGUCCAGAGUAACAAGGAAGCACUGCCACAUGGAUGGAUUAGAGAAGUGAGGCAGAGAAAAGCUGGCAAGACUGCAGGAAAACUGGACGUGUACAUAAUAAGUCCCAGUGGACAGAGGUUCCGGUCUAAGUCGUCCUUGCAUGAUUACCUGUUGAAAAAUGGAGGAGAGAACCUGGACAUAAACCUGUUUGAUUUCACCUCAUCCAAAACUAAAUUCACCAGCUCUGAAACAGAUCAUUCCAAAGAAACACAAGAGAAAUGGACGAAAAAGCAAGCAAAUGGACAGCAGGAACAAAUAGGUGGAAAAGUGAAGUCUGCCAGACAUAAAUCUAAAAACAGCUCUUCCUCUACCAGAUGUAAAGUCAGCAAGAGCAAGGUAAAGCCUGCUGUUGAGGAUAUUAGAAGUAAUAUUUUGCAAGAGGACAUAGCUGAGGAGGCUGAGCAGAUUAGCUCACAAGCUACAUCUUCAUCAGACUUGGCGGAUGAUGAUGAUACACACAAGAGCCCCCGGAGGGUGGGACUGCUGAGGGAGAAAAUUCUGAGACUGGCUCCUUCCAGUGAUCAACGAAACACCUUCCUUCCAGCUCACAGGAAUCAACUGGCAAACACGCCGCCUUUGGUCCCGACUCUGAGUGUUGAAGCUGCCACUGAGAGCGAGGAUGAAAGUGAGAAUGUGGCAAACACAGAUGUUGCACAGGCUCACAGCAAAGGUGACAAGUCUAAUUCAGAGGUAGUGGAUAAUGCUGACAGUCACAGAGAGGAGGAGGUGUUACCUGACAACAGUGGUGGAAGCUGUACACCAGUUAGAGAUUCCCAUAAUAGAUCCAAGAAUUUGGAGAGCAGGCGGAAAACAAGCCCUUAUUUCAGUGGGAAACAUCUCAAAGAUGGACUCAGCCCACCCAGGAGAAAAUCUCUCAGAAAAUGGACACCUCCCAGGUCUCCCUUCAACCUCAUACAGGAAACCCUUUUCCAUGACCCCUGGAAGCUCCUGGUGGCCACUAUUUUUCUGAAUAAGACAAGUGGAAAAAUGGCCAUUCCAGUGCUUUGGGUGUUCUUUGAGCGCUACCCGUCUGCAGAGGUGACCCGGGAGGCAGACUGGAAGCCCAUGUCUGAACUCAUGAAGCCACUUGGGCUCUAUGAGCUUCGAGCCAAAACAAUCAUCCGCUUCUCCGAUGAGUUUUUAAAUAAACAGUGGCGUUACCCUAUUGAGUUGCAUGGUAUUGGCAAGUACGGGAACGACUCCUACAGGAUCUUCUGUGUUGAUGAGUGGAGACAGGUGACUCCUAAAGAUCACAAGUUAAAUAAAUACCAUGCCUGGCUGUGGGAGAACCAUAAAACAUUGGGAAUCUGAAGAAUGAUCAACCUCAAGAAAGACUUUAUCUUCAAGCAAGAAAAUCUUCUAGGCUACAUAAUGAUGGAUGCUAUCUAACCUACAGCAGAUCAAAACAAUACACUUACACUUUUAAAUCUGAAUCUCAUAAAAAUUAUGUAGUCAAGUUUCAAAUGUUUGCCCUUUAAAAAGUUUUAUUUCUUGUUCAAUAAAAGAGUUUUAGUCAUAUUAACAGCUGAAA